CCUUUAACCUAUCGGGAAGACCCGACACGGAAUUAAUGAGUAAUCUAAAGGAUACGAAGCGAAAUGAGGAAUCGGUUUCUUGUGGAAAUUUUGAAAAGUUUUUGUCGACGAGACUACUAAUAUCGUUAAUACUGUACUGUAUUAUCUGAUGAUAGCAAGAUUAUCGAUAUUCCGAGUGAUGUAUAUAGCGAAUGUUGUUUAGAAUAUUGAAAUUUGCCCCGAAAUUUAAAAUACUGAAAAUGGAUUCUAGAGCAUAUACAGAUAUAAAUUUUAAAAUUAGAGCAAAAAACAAAGUGUAUGAAGGCUUAGAGAAAGAAAAAGGAAGCUCUUGGGAAGGUCCGUUUUAUUUUAUUCAAGCUGCCGAUACACAAUUUGGCAUGAUAGAAUCUUAUAUUGAAAAAAAAAGUGAUUCUUGUUGGGAUAAAGAAAUUGAAUUAACAAAAAAAGCAAUUUCUGCUGUAAAUAAAAUGAAUCCGAAACCAAAAUUUUUCAUUGUUUGUGGAGAUUUAAUUGAUGCUCUUCCAUUUACUCCUUUACGAACUGCUCAAGAACAAGAUUUCAAAAAAGUGUUUGCAGAAUUGGAUUCAAGUAUUCCUUUAGUAUGCAUUUGUGGAAAUCAUGAUGUUGGAAAUACUCCAACUUCUGAAAGCAUUGAAGAUUAUAAAAAUAAAUUUGGAGAUGAUUAUUUUGUAUUCUGGUGUGGUGGUGUAAUGUGUAUAGUUUUGAAUUCUCAGUUUUAUAAAGAUCCAUCUGAGGUAAAGAAUUUAGCUUCUGCACAUGAUAAAUGGUUAGAUGAGAAACUUUCAGAAGCUGCUGCUGGAAAUUAUAAUCAUAUUUUUAUAUUUCAACAUAUUCCAUGGUUUUUAAAAGAAAGUGAUGAAGAUGAUGAGUAUUUCAAUAUAACUUUGGACUUACGAAUGAAAAUGUUGGAUAAAUUUAAAAAAGCAGGUGUUUCUGCUAUAUUCUGCGGUCAUUAUCAUAGAAAUGCAGGAGGAUUUUAUAAAAAUAUGGAGGUGAUCGUAACAUCUGCUGUUGGUGCACAACUUGGAAAUGAUAAAUCUGGAUUUAGAAUUGUUAAAGUUUUUGAAAAAUCUUACCAACACAAUUAUUAUUCACUUGAGGAUUUGCCAGAAAAAAUUCACUUAAAUUGAUGAUAAUUAGUUUGUGAUAAUAGAAUAUAUUUUGUAUUUGUUAAUAAAUUUGUUUGAAUAUUUGACUAUUUGAAUUUUAAAAAAAAGGCCCACCAAUGGCCAAGUGGUCUUUGUAUCCUGAACACUGAGAGUUCAGUCAUGGGUUCGUGCCUCACUCGGACGGGCUGGCCAUGUGGAAUUUUCCAGGUUUUCUCCACAUUCUGUAAUGCCUAAAUAGGGGCCAGUUUCCCUUAAAAGACCUCCCGGAAGGCAUUCCCCUAGGCACAUCACCCAAGUGUUGCAUUGUCAUAACUAAACAAACAAACAUUUUUUAAAAAGUUUUUGGUUCAAAUCAAGUGAUUUGUGACAAAUUAACUUAUUGUCUUUCACAUGAAUAUAAAUUCUGUAAUUUACAGCAUAUAAGCUAUACCACAAUUUCAGCACAGAAUACUUCAGAAAAAAGUAUUCAGUCUAAGCCAUCCCAUACCUUUGAUAUUUGACCCCAAAUGUUUUUACUGUAUUUUCAUUAAAUAAAGUCAAAUUGUAAUGUAAAAAUAAUAAUAUGUGUAAUUAAACAAUAGCAUUUUUAUUCAAGAGUUGGACUAGGUAGAGAUUAUCUGUGGCUUUUGAAAUCCAUUUGGGGAAUUAAUUAGUCUUUGAAAGUUGAAACUACAUAAGAUGCAGAGAAAUUGCUUUUUCAUCAAAAGUUGUGUCAUACAUGACUUGAAGAAUAAU